GGAACUCAAGGCAUAUAAAAGCAGGAGAAGUUCUACUCUAUAUACUCAGACGGGAUACUCUGCAAGACACAAAGGCAAAAAAGACGGCAUAAAGAAAGAAUAAAUUACUUUGGAGUCAUGAAGCUGGGAUUGCUGUUGGCGUUGUCUGUGGCCGCUCUGGUGCUCAACCUCUCUGAGGGCAGGAUCGUCUCCAAAUGUGAGCUGAGGCAGAAACUCCAGGAAGUUCUGCCUCUGCCCAGAAAGUAUGGCAGAUACAAGGACCAAAUCCUAGCUCUAGUUACUUGUGAACUAGAGAGAAGAUCACAUCUUGACUCCAGCCUGGUGACUGGAAAUGCUGUGCUCCCAACUGCAGCAGCGAGGCGAACAACACAAGCAGCUGAAGGAAACCAAACGGCCACUGAACAAGACAUCAUCUCAACAAUCUCCUCGGCCCCAAUGACAAACAGCACUGAUGGCAGUUUCAGAAGAAAGCGAUGGGCUCCAUUCAAUGACUUCAGAGAGAAGAGUGACAAAAGACGAGGCAACAAGGGGCGGGGCCAUGACGAAAGUGGAGACAGUGACAACAGCAGCGAAGAAAACCACAAGAAAAAGAAGAACAGUAAAAAAAGUCAUGAAUCUUCUGAAGAGGAAAGCCACGAAAUGGAAAACCAGGAAGCCAACAAACCAACGGCCAGCUCUGGUACCACUGAAAUGUCAAACGCCGUAUCUGGAAACGCAAGAUUGAAGAGAGACGCUUCAUCCAAAGAGAAGGGCAACAAGAGACAGGGUGACAGAGGACAUGGCGACAAGAGACGAGGCAAAAAGGAACGAGGCCAUGACGAAAGUGAAGGAAAUGAAAACAGCCGCGAGGAAAGCCAUGGAAUGGAAAACCAGGGAGCCAACAAACCAACAGCCAGCUCUAGUACCACUGAAAUGUCAAACGCCGUAUCUGGAAACGCAAGAUUGAAGAGAGACGCUUCAUCCAAAGAGAAGGGCAACAAGAGACAGGGUGACAGAGGACAUGGCGACAAGAAACGAGGCAAAAAGGAACGAGCCCAUGACGAAAGUGAAGAAAAUGAAAACAGCCGCGAGGAAAGCCAUGGAAUGGAAAACCAGGGAGCCAACAAACCAACAGCCAGCUCUAGUACCACUGAAAUGUCAAACGCUGCAUCUGGAAACGCAAGACUGAAGAGAGACGCUUCAUCCAAAGAGAAGGGCAACAGGGGACGAGGGAACAAGAAACAAGGCAAAAAGGGACGAGGCCAUGACGAAAGUGAAGAAAAUGAAAACAGCCAUGAGGAAAGCCAUGGAAUGGAAAACCAGGGAGCCAACAAACCAACAGCCAGCCCUAAUACCACUGAAAUGUCAAACGCCGCAUCUGGAAACGCAAGACUGAAGAGAGACGCUUCAUCCAAAGAGAGGGGCAACAAGGGACAUGGAAACAAGGGGCAAGCUGAUAAGAAAAGGGGAAAGAAGGGACGGGGCCGUGAUGAAACUGAUGAAAGUGAGGAAAGGAGACAGAAGAACAAGAAGGAGAAGAAGCCCAGUGAACACAGCCAUGAAUCAUCAUCUCAAGAGAAGGACAACGUUAAGCCCAAUCAGGGGCCGGCCAUCUAUUUUGGGCUCUUCCAGCUCUCUGACAGCUAUUUCUGUGAUUCAGGCAAUGGCUCCUCCAAGAAUCUGUGCAACAAAAAUUGCUCAGCCUUUGUUGAUGAUGACAUAACAGACGAUCUUGAAUGCUUCGCAAGCAAAGGAUACUGGAGAUGGAUCCUGGACGAGGUCUCAAGCAGCUGUUCAAACCAACAGGACACCUACUUUGAUGAAUGUCAAUAAGCAGGUCUACAAACAUGGAGUCUUCCUGCAACAUUUAAUGCUGGGAUCUUAGCUGUCAUGGGAAGUUCCUCAUACUCUGGUUUCUCGGGCAUUUUCUGAUUUUUUUAUUUUAUUUUGUUACGUUUUUGGUGCUUUCUUUACAUUUCUAAAAUAUAGUAUUUACUUAUAUUAGAAUGUUAUAUUGUUUGUGUUUAAUAAAUACCAAAUGGUAUUUGGUAUUUGUGAGUGUAUGUUGCUAUUUGUUAACAUGAUAAUAAAGUGAAUCUCAUGAA